UUAGGCUCGCCGGCUCCCUCUAGGCAUCGCUGCCUCAGGAAAGGAGGAGGAGGAGGAGGGUUUUCUUUUUUUCCUAUUGUUUCCCCUCCACCCCCUCUCCCCUCCCCUCUCUCUCUCUUUUCCAGCCAGUAAAGAGUGUCUGCCCCUUUGAACCGCUGGUACAGCGCCUGCGGCUACACGCACACACACACGCACCACCGCCGGCUAUAAAUCAGUCCAGCGCCGGGCAGAAGCCGAGCAGUGCGUGUCUCCCCGCGGCCCGAGGCUGUAGCGACGGUCGCCGCCGCCGCCCCGUCGAGCCUCGCAGGCGGCUCCGGCGUGGCCGCUGGGUGUCGGUACCCCCGGGGGUGCCAUGGCCUGCGUGGAGCGCUGCUGCCGGUGCUGCGCGGACGGCCGGCGGCACAGCAGCAUCCUCUACAACAUCCUCAGGAGCCAGGAGCGGGCGGCGUCGCCGCCGGGGCCGGGGCCGAGGCGGGGGCAGGGGCAGGCGUCCCGCGGCUGUCCCUGCGGCGGGUCGCGGCGGCGGCGGGUGGCCCUGAGGAGCCCGCAGGUGGCCUGCAAGGCGGCCUCGGCCGUGCUGGUGAAGACGCUGCGCUUCGUCCAGAACGUGCCCUGCUUCCAGGAGCUGCCCCUGGACGAGCAGCUCCUGCUGGUCCGCAGCUGCUGGGCGCCGCUGCUGGUGCUGGGGCUGGCGCAGGAGCGGGUGCACUUGGAGACGGUGGAGAGCGCGGAGCCCAGCAUGCUGCAGCGGAUCCUCACCACCCGGCGGCAGGGCGAGCAGCCCCCGCCGCGGGGACCGGCGCCGCCGGGCCGGCCUCACCACGGCCCCGCUGGCGGCCCGCACCUGCCCUCGGCCGGCGAGAUUCAGGCCAUCAAGGGCUUCCUGGCCAAGUGCUGGAGCCUGGAUAUCAGCACCAAAGAGUACGCUUACCUCAAGGGAACGGUGCUCUUCAACCCGGAUCUACCUGGACUGCAGUGUACACAGUACAUUGAAGGACUGCAGCGGGAAGCACAGCAGGCUCUAAAUGAACAUGUCAGACUCAUUCACAGAGGUGAUGAAGCCAGAUUUGCCAAGCUGAAUGUUGUUCUAUCCUUGUUAAGAUCUAUUAAUGCUAAUGUGAUUGCUGAACUAUUCUUUAGGCCCAUCAUUGGAGCAGUGAAUAUGGAUGACAUGCUCUUGGAAAUGCUUUGUGCAAAAUUAUAAAGGCAUGUAAAGUAAUGAAAAUAAAUCCAAUGCAAAGAGAAUCUAGAAUCCUAGAGCAGAAUAGUGUAAAGUACUGUAAAUAAACUAACUUAUUGUUUUUACAUAGAUAGUAUUUUUGUAUUCCAUAAUAAAAUAUUCUUCGAGUUCCAAAAUUAA